AUGUUACCGAGUGACCACGAAAACCAUGACCGUCUUUAUAAAUUACGACCAUUUUUAGAUUACCUAAAAAGGAAAUUUCAGACUAUUUCGUUAGAAGAAAAUUUGUCCAUUGACGAGCAACUUUGUCCUACGAAAGCAAAAAGCUUUUUAAAACAGUAUUUACCUUUAAAACCACACAAGUGGGGGUACAAAAUUUUCGUUCUAAGUGGAAUAUCUGGUUUUAUGUAUAAUUUUGAAGUAUAUACAGGAUUGGAAAAUAAUUCAGAAAAACGCUUAAGUACAGAGCCUAAUUUAGGAGCAUGCGCAAAUGUUGUACUACGAUUAUCCAGAAUCGUUCCUAAAUUUCAAAACUUCAAAAUAUAUUUUGAUAAUUAUUAUACCACAUUGGCACUAGUUGUUUACCUAGCAAAACAAGGUAUUUGUUCACUUGGAACAUUAAGAAGAAAUAGAGUGCCUGAAUGUCUUACACAGAUUGACGGAGUACCGGUAACAGCAACGGAAUGGAAAGAUAAUAAAGUCGUCACUUUACUCUCAAAUUUUUCUGGUGCAGAACCAGCAAGUGAAGUAACACGUUUUGAUAAAAAAAAAAAUGAACAUAUUUCUGUUCCAUGUCCAAACGUAGUUAAAAUUUAUAAUCAGCAUAUGGGUGGAGUUGACCUUUUAGACUCCAUUAUAGCUCGGUAUCGGAUCGCUAUGCGAAGUAAAAAAUGGUACUUUAAGUUGUUCUUUCACUUUAUGGACGUCACAAUAGUCAAUGCUUGGUUAUUAUAUCGAAAAAGAAAAAAAGAAAAUACCAUGUCGUUAGCAGAUUUUCGACGUGAGAUCGCUGUAUCACUUUGCAUGCAAGGGAGCAAUAUAUGUACGCCAACUACAAGAGGAAGAAAACGAAAUAUUAGUGAAUCGCCAAGUGAACCAAAAAAAAAAAAAGAGGUAUUCAACCAUAUAUGCCACCAACGGAUGUUCGGAAAGAUCAAAUCGGCCACUUUGCCAUUGUUACAAAUUUAA